AUGCGUUGUGUCUAUCGAAGUGAGGGCUGCAGCAGCACGAAGAAUUCCGUUGCAGCUGCUGACCCGCCAGGUGCAGCGGAUACUGCUGCUGCUCCUGCCGGAAGCUUCGGCACACCCAAGAAGGAAGAAUUAACCUACUGCUCUUACGGCGGGAGGCGCUCGAGUGUGGGGCCUCACCAAAAAAAGGCCGAUUCUCCGUGGACAGACGGCGCCAUCAGCGGCAGCCUUACAGUAUUACCAAGUGCAUUGGUGCUAGCGGGGGCAAAACAGGCAAAAGGAACAAGAGCACCCCCCGACGCAGGGCUUUCCUGUGUGUGGGUGUGUCUUUCACAAAUGCAGUGUUUUAGCGGUUGGGGAGCAGCCAGACGCGCUCAAGGCGGAGUUGCGGCAACGAAUCCAUGGCAAAGCACACAAGGCCACGUACAGAAAGACCUGAGGAGGCGAAGCGCACCUGUGGAGGACGUUGCAGGAGCAGGAGAAAAGAGGAGGCAAACGGCCCGAGUCGCUCCUCGCAGCAGCAGCAGAUAUGCAGCGACGAAAGCACGCGUUGUCAAGGGUUCCCAGUCAACAGCUUUUCUCCUAGCCGCACAAAACGACAACAGCGGCUGGAUCAGGUCGCGGUUAGCAGCAGCAGUGCAGGACUGGCCGUCUGCUACUUUCGAACCAAACCGGGAGGCAGUACAGCAACACCACCACCGGGAACGUCUCGCCGCUUGGGGCCGCUCCUCCCUUCACAGCAGCACCAACACCAGCGGGGAUCUGCGACUUAUGCUGGUGCCACCAGUGCGUUUUGUCGCGGACAGCGGCAGCGGGGGAGUGGCCUUUCAGGUACCAGCAGCUGCCACAGCCAGGUGUCUGUACACCCGAACACUUGUGGGCAUCUUUGGCCGCCUCGCUGAGCAGGCCGCUCAGCAGAGCUGGGGUCUUGCACCUUCCCAUUACUUUGAGCUUCGGACUGCUGCAGGCACUCCUCCUGCGGCUACGUCUGUCGAAGGAGGGAAAAAGUGUGCUGGUGCAGCCGUGGCAACACAAGCACCUGGCGCGGUAUCCACAGCUGCACGCGGAAGCAGAGAAGCGCGAGGUGUUAGGGCACCAUGGUACUCCCUGCUACUCCUGAAAGCUGCUCUACUGCAGCACCAGACACGCCGGCAAAAGCGAUUCCAACAGCACCAGAAGCACCCGGAGGAGCAACUGGACUUCAGCCUCAUACCGCCUUGGCUGCUGCGUGCUGCUGCGGAACUGCUGCGAAGCCCUCAGAACUCCCCUGCCGCCCUCCUGCAGCAGCUGCAUGCCCUCUGUCGCCUUGAAUCUCCUCCUUCGGAGAAGCAGCUGAAGCAGAUACAGCAGUUGCAGCAACAGGCAGCAACAGCAGCAAAAGACCGACGGUCCGAGCGACGCAACGAGUGGCAGCUGCUGCUGCAGUUGCAGCACGUUCGGAUAUACAGAGACGAGUGGAUGUUGCUGCUGCCACUGCUGCCCUUUUGUAGUCCGUUCGAAGCCUUGGAAUGCCUCCUUACCCCAGCAGAGAGGGAAACCUUCAUUGCGGUGUGGCCCGGUGCCUCAUUUUCCGCAGCAGCAGCGGCAGCAGCAGCUACUGCCCUCGCUGAUACUGACGCAGCUGCUGCUGCAGCAGCAGAAGCUUCUAAGGCUAACCGUGAAGACACGGAAAGGGCUUUGAGGGUACUCGGGAUGUCCGGUGCAGCAACAGCCCUUGCUGCGACUGCUGUCGCAGAGUUACAGUUACUACAGCAGGGCAGUUUUGCAGCAGAUGCUGCUAGUGCUGUAGACGAGAGUGACAGUGUUGUACUUGCCAGACCAAAUACUGCUACGCUGCAGCAGCACCUGCAGCAGUCGCGGUCAUCAUACACCCAGCCUCCCGUCGCACUGCCUUUAUUGCACCUGCAUCAGCAACUUCGUGCCAAACAACAGCUUCUGCUGCAUCUGAGGGGUGCAACUCUUGGCAGCCCUGAAGAACUUCCACGUACCACGCUACCAGCACGGUCAGGAGACUGGCAGACACAUUGGCUGCAGCAGCUAAAUGCUGUUUUUGAGAGGGAGCUUGUUUUAGACACUAGUGCGCUCAGAGCUGCCGCAUUCAAGGCGCCUUCAGCGGACGCGGCAGCAGAAGCGGCGGCGAGGGAGGAUAUCAGCAUAUGCCCGUCUGUCUCAGCGGCGCUCAAUGACGUUUUCGACUGGCUUGCUCACCCACAGCCGUACCAACAGGAACAACACGGAAACAAGAGGUUUGUAUCGUACAGCAGCAUCAGGGAGCGGCUGCUGCAGGCUGUUGAUGGAGAGCCCGACGAGACACUCUUUUUGGAAGAUUCCAUCCGCUGCCUUCGCAGCAGUCGCAAUGCCGGCAGCAGCAGAGAAAGCAGAUGUUGCUGGAGUAAGGAAGGAACUGCUGUCGGGGCACGAAGUUUAGCUUUCACGCUCAUUAAAGAGUUAAAAGCUACAUUACCCUCUCUUGCAGCCCUUGAUCAGCAGACACGCUUAGAGGCGGACAAGAACAGGGCAAAGCUGCCAAAAGGCGCAGACAGAGAGCGAGAGAGAAACAAAGAAAAAAAGAACGAUAGAAAUGCAACGCAAAACAGGGAGGCGCAUCGAGGUGCAUGGCGGGGCGAAGAUACUGUAUCAAGCGAACGCAAGCCUGUUCAUCCAUCACUCCGAGGAGGAGGGAGGUGGCAUGUCGACAUCUGUAGUGCGUUGCAGCACUCUGAAGUAGAGACGCAGUCGCCUUAUCAAGGUCUUCGCUUCGGACAAAUCCUGAAGUGA